AAAGAGUGAAUGCAAGCCCCUCCCAUUUAUUUAUUUACUGAGGCGUCUGCGGUUCAGAGUGGGAGCGGGGUCGCGUCCUCUUGGAGACAAGCAUGGCCACCGAACACACUUUACAAGUCUCUGAGCAUCCCACAAUCCUCAGAGGACCGUCUUUUCCCCCUAUGGAGAAAUGCACCAAUUGUUGCUUCCCAGGCCGCUACCAUUGCCCCUUCUGCCCCCCAGAAUGUUUCAAACCCUCAAGGCGAUUCAAACUAAUGGUGCAUUUGGAGUAUCAUAAAAAGUAUGCCUGUUCCGUUGACGGGUACACCAUAUAUAAAUGUGCCUUUGACUGCAGGAAAAAACCUCAUUACCACUGUAUGUACUGCAAGGGCACUUUAUUAAGGAGACGAGAUUUUGUCAAUCAUGUUCCUUUAUGCCUGGAGGCACCGAAGAAUAAAAAUUCAAGUCAAUCCGAGCUAACGGCUCUCCUGAUCUCAGAUAAUACCGACAGUGACGACACCUAUGAUUUAGAGGAGAGCCAUGAAGGAAGCAGCAGCAGACAUUUCCUGAACCCUGUUGUCUCACAGUCAAACAGGGACACUGCUCCAGGGCUAAGCAGGCGUGGAUCACCAAACACCUCCAGAUGUGAUCAGAUGGUUCAGACCCACAUAGAAAAACCUCAAGACUGUGAUGAAUUUUACUUCAUGAACCUUGUCAAAAUCUUUAAAAGGUUGACCCCUCAGAAAAAGACGGAUGUCAGGUUAAGAAUUGAGCGAAUUCUCUUUGAGGCAGAGUUUCAGUAGAUCCAUGUGGGUUGUUUGGAAUCAGUUGUGGAGCUUGUGGUGUAGCUUUGUAUGCUGCUGAGGAUUGUUUCCCCAUCAUUCCAUAUGCUUUAAAGAACAAAUGUUUUUUUUUUGUAUUUUGAAAUGUUCUUUAAAGUUUUUAAAACUGAUUCAGUAUGAUUUAUUUUUAGGGGAAAAAUAAUCAAAGUUGGUUGGUUUAAAGUUGGGAGACUUGUGAAUGUGUUGAAUGCUUGUUUUUGGAAAUCCUCUGGGAAAUAGACAGUUGUACAUUUUUUAUUGUUAUUCACCAAAAAUCUUUUUUAUAACAUUUAAAUUUGCUUUCAUUUAAAUAAAGUCUGUUUUAUAAACUCAAA